AUGGAAGUCAAGCCCGACGCGUUACAGCCCCACUCCCAUCUCGGAGAGGCCGCAAGUUUUGGUCGCGGAAGCCGUUCGCAGACGGGCUUGGAGACGGCUUGCUCCGAGCCAGCGGCGUCUUUCGAGCUCGCCCUUGCCGCGGUAGUGGAGCGUGCACCAUCACCUCGCGCAUCAGCGGCCGCGACUCCCGAGGCCGGGCUUACUGGAGAGAUGCGGAUGGAGGAGGCUACCUCCCGCGAGGAACCCCUACCGACGUACCGACGGCUCAGGGCGAUCGCCGCUGCGGUGUGCUCGGCUUUGACCUGGUGCGAGAGGCGGCGCCAGCCCAAUGCGCCGCACCAACCUGGCGCAUGCCGAGCAUCAACGUGCGGGGGAUUCCUGAGCGUGGAGUUGCGGCUCCCUUCCGAUGCAGCCGCCAUGGUAGGACGCGGCGGUCUCCGAGUCUCCAGUUGGCCCGACAGCGGGGACGAGCCUGGUGCAAAGCCGUCCCCUGGGGCCGCCUUGCCGACGAACAGCAACGCUGAAGAGCAGAACGAGCUCUUCGGGAUCGAGGGCGGACGCGAGAUUGAGACCCGUAGCGCCGACACUGCGGCGAAGAAGCAGGCGGACUCCAUCCACGGUGCGCCAAAGGCCGGGCGAGCGAAGCGCCAGGCUGCUGCUGCUGACAAUGCCGCUGGCCCUUCCAACGAGGCUCCGGCUGCCAAGCGGCCACGCGGUCGACCACCCAAGGCCGUGUCGGUGGAGCCGCUAGCGCCGAAGCCCAUCGCGACGACGGUGGGUCGAGUCUUCGGGAUCGAGGGCUGGCGCGAGAUCAACCCCGACCCGACACCGUGUCAAGGAACAUCGACAAUCACGUGCGCCAAAGGAACAGGCGGAGGCCAAUCACGGUGCGCCAAAGGCGGGCGAGCGAAGCGCCAGGCUGCUGCUGCUGACAAUGCCGCUGGCCCUUCCAACGAGGCUCCGGCUGCCAAGCGGCCACGCGGUCGACCACCCAAGGCCGUGUCGGUGGAGCCGCUAGCGCCGAAGCCCAUCGAGACGACGGUGGGUCGAGUCUUCGGGAUCGAAGGCUGGCGCGAGAUCAAGACCCCGAGCACCGACACCGUGUCGAAGGAACAGGCGGAGGCCAAUCACGGUGCGCCAAAGGCCGGGCGAGCGAAGCGCCAGGCUGCUGCUGCUGACAAUGCCGCUGGCCCUUCCAACGAGGCUCCGGCUGCCAAGCGGCCACGCGGUCGACCACCCAAGGCCGUGUCGGUGGAGCCGCUAGCGCCGAAGCCCAUCGCGACGACGGUGGGUCGAGUCUUCGGGAUCGAGGGCUGGCGCGAGAUCAAGACCCCGAGCACCGACACCGUGUUGAAGGAACAGGCGGAGGCCAAUCACGGUGCGCCAAAGGCCGGGCGAGCGAAGCGGCAGGCUGCUGCUGCUGACAAUGCCGCUGGCCCUUCCAACGAGGCUCCGGCUGCCAAGCGGCCACGUGGUCGACCACCCAAGGCCGUGUCGGUGGAGCCGCUAGCGCCGGAAGCCCAUCGCGACGACGACCCGGAGUGCAGAGUGUCGAAGGAACAGGCGGAGGCCAUCCACGGUGCGCCAAAGGCCGGGCGAGCGAAGCGCCAGGCUGCUGCUGCUAACAAUGCCGCUGGCCCUUCCAACGAGGCUCCGGCUGCCAAGCGGCCACGUGGUCGACCACCCAAGGCCGUGUCGGUGGAGCCGCUAGCGCCGAAGCCCAUCGCGACGACGGUAGGUCGAGUCUUCGGGAUCGAGGCCUGGCGUGAGAUCAAGACCCGGAGUGCCGAGUGUCGAAGGAACAGGCGGAGGCCAUCAACGGUGCGCCAAAGGCCGGGCGAGCGAAGCGCCAGGCUGCUGCUGCUGACAAUGCCGCUGGCCCUUCCAUCGAGGCUCCGGCUGCCAAGCGGCCGCGCGGUCGACCGCGCAAGGCCGUGUCAGUGGAGCCGCUAG